AUGUUCUUCGGGAAAGCACCCCCAAGAAUGAGCAUCUAUACCAGAGCACAUGUCUGCGCCAAAAUUCUCAUGUUAGCUUUCAACAUUGAAAAGAUAUAUGCCGCCCCCCUCAUAUCAGACACCUAUCAGAAUGUCACCAUGGCAAACGUAACAGGUCACCCGUUCACUAACCACUCGGGAAUACCUGUCUUCCCAACCAUUCUUAAUACUACAGUUCCAAUUGACACACACUCAAUCAAUACUACUGCCCCGACAUACACACGCCCAAUCAACACUACUGCUCCGGUAUACACCCACUCAAUCAACAACACUAGCUCAAAUUUAAUGCUUUCUGUUGGUGGAAAGAAGUCUUGCGCCAAUUGUGAAAUCAAUAGUAUUGACUCGAAUAACUCGGAGUCGCCAAUUCAAGCCGAUGCCCAAGCAGAUACUCGUAACCUGAACUCCACGAAAAAGGAGGUUCAUCCAAGUUUUUUCUACAAAAACAACAAGAUGAGAAUUAUGUGUGCUCCCUCAUCAAAAGUACUUGAUAUAGAACCGCACGAAAAUCCUGUCAAUUUCCCUUAUGAACAUUGGCCCCGUUGGAGGAAAGAGUAUGUUGAUAUAUCAAGAGCUCGGGUUGAUAUCGAGGUGCGCCAAAGUGUGUGUCGCGGGAGUUGUACCUGUGAUGAAAAUGGUGCAAUAAUCCCACGCGAUCAUGGUCGUAUUCACCCAUGCGGUCGCCAGUGGCAAGCGGACAGGUGUUCAGUAGUACUCGGUUGUUGGUGCACGGCCGUGCUCGUCCAAGCUGUUGUCGGGGAAAACCAGGCAUCAAUCGAAGAGUAUCAGGCAGCCUUGAACCGCAUCCCACAAACUGUUCGAAAUGAUAAUCAAGGUUAUUUCUGGCGCAUGAAUGGCCUUGGACUCCGUGCUUGGGACACUUUGACUUGGGAGCCUUCGGAAAUGGAUAGAAUGUUGACUAGCCCUCCUCUUCCCCAGGCACUGGAGCGCAUUCCAGAGAUCCUCCUAGGUCCCAAUGGCCGUCCAAGGACAUUUGAUCCGACUCCACGACGACGACGUCCUUAUGGCGACAGUAGUAAUGGAAACAAUUAG